GGUCCUAGCUCACCAGCCAAAGGCUGGGCCAACCUAACUGCGAGAGUGUUUUAUAGCAAAUUGUGUUUACACCGUAGUGCAAUGUACACCCGAUGUAUAGACUCAAAUUUAGAGAGAGCCUGAGGGAGACUCGCCGCCCGGGCCGGAUGUGUGAAGCUUGCCGUCGGUGUCCCGUAAACUUAUACCUUUGGGUAAGUCCAUAUAUGACUGCUUUGAAUCAAGAUCGGACUGAAUAAAUGCUUGCGGAAUAUCGGAGUGCUUGAUCGGGAGUCCAACACAACCUGCAGGAAAUAAGUAGGGUGCGGUGGUAUACCGACCCUCUGCAACGGUGUGAGUGAGUUUGGCGUAAGUGACUCCCCGUGUAAUACUAGCACUAAGAAUGAAUGUGGUGUAAACCUUCCGAGUCAUUACCGUGACGUCAAGGUGGGACUAAGUAGGAGAGUAAGAGGGGCCUAGUGUAGUACUAGGGGGUAUAUUCUUCGCAAUAACCUAGCAAGAGCCUGCAAGUGACUAUGUCGCAGCGUUAUGUAAGGUAGCAAGGUCCUAGCUCACCAGCCACUGGCAAAGGCUGGGCCAACCUAACUGCGAGAGUGUUUUAUAGCAAAUUGUAUUUCACCGUAGUGCAAUGUACACCCGAUGUAUAGACUCAAAUUUAGAGAGCCUGAGUGGGAGAUACAUAUCUAGGGUUCAAGUUAAUCCAGGGUAGGAAGGGCUAGUAGGUUUCUCUCUCUAGUAUCUACGGUACCCUACGGCCCUUAAGGUACCGAAGCCCACCAGCCGUCACGGCAAGGCAGACAGCCUAAGGUGAAUAUGCUCAUAUCUAAAAAAGGCCUCGCAUCCGGGCCAAAAUGACCGUGACCGGCAUGGCGGCCCAAUGAAUUACCACCAGCAGAACGUGUAUGGGCACCAAUGACGUCGCAGCUGCGGAGAGCACCCGUAUCCUCAUAAUGCUGCGGAUAGCAGCCGACUCUCGGCGCAAGCCGCCACGCCCCCUCCCGUGCCGCCGAGUCCAAGCUAUAUAUCGACUGGUGGUCUCUGGCCCGGGGUUGCUGUGGCCUCAACGUAGCGUCCUCGCCCAAACUCGUUCGUGGUGAGUUUCCAGGUCGUGUUCGGGACGCAAAACCGUGCACAAACUCGCUUGUCGUUGGUAAUGGCCGCGCACUCAAGCCGCAUCGUAUACUCGAAGCAGGUACGCACUCGGGUAUACUCCGCUUUUCCGCCUAGUAAAUACGCACCUCGCGCCGAGAUCCAAGUGUGAGGCGAUACCGCCCGCGUACGCCGAAAAUCGUGUGGAGCGGAAAUUCGGAAAUUCACCUCCGAUUCGGCCCGGGUUCGGGACCUUGCCGCGGCAAAAGAAGUCGGCCCUAGGUUUUCACGGCCGGUCGCCAGUCGAUUCAGGUUUAAAGUUCCGCAGUAGUAGGUAGAAGCUACCACGGUACUACAAGCUGGUAGAGCCCCGGGUAUCUAUUGGGGCAAUCUAAUUAUUGAAUUAUAUAAGUAAUAAUCCAGCGCGGUCGAGAGAUGUUGACCAAAUUUGAAUCCAAAAGUAAUCGAGUGAAAGGACUAGCAUUUCAUCCUCAGAGACCAUGGAUCUUGACAAGUUUGCACAAUGGAGUAAUACAACUCUGGGACUAUCGUAUGGGUACGCUGCUCGAGAGAUUCGAUGAGCACGACGGCCCUGUCAGAGGCAUCGAUUUUCACCAUGUUCAGCCAUUAUUAGUCAGUGGUGGUGAUGAUUAUCGCAUCAAAGUCUGGGAUUAUAAACUCAGAAGAUGUCUGUUCACUUUGCUUGGGCAUUUGGAUUAUAUUCGCACUGUCAAUUUCCAUGGCGAAUAUCCCUGGGUAGUUUCUGCGAGUGACGAUCAAACAAUCCGUAUCUGGAACUGGCAAAGUCGAUCAUGUGUCAGCGUACUGACGGGACACAACCAUUAUGUGAUGUGUGCUUCAUUUCAUCCCCAAGAUGACCUUAUCGUCUCGGCAUCCUUAGAUCAGACUGUCCGGGUCUGGGACAUUACUGGUCUCAGAAAGAAAACUGUACGGGGCCCCCCCGUGGCAAUCGGAACCCAUAUCACCUCAUCAUCAUUACAAGAACUUGGCGCCAGUAGCACUAGUGCAAGUAGCGUUGUCUCGAGAGUCAAUGCCGACCUUUUUGGAGGAAAUGACGCCAUUGUCAAGUAUGUCUUGGAAGGGCAUGAUCGUGGCGUGAACUGGGCAUCGUUUCACCCAACACUACCGUUGGUGAUUAGUGGUGCAGAUGAUAGACAAGUAAAGCUAUGGCGCAUGAAUGAGACAAAGGCCUGGGAAGUUGAUACCAUGCGCGGCCAUAGUAAUAACGUGUCUUGUGUUGUUUUCCAUCCAAAGCAUGAGUUAAUAGUGUCAAACUCUGAAGAUCGUUCUAUCCGAGUCUGGGACAUAUCAAAACGACUUGGUGUGCAAACAUUUCGACGUGAAAAUGAUCGAUUCUGGAUUCUUGCAGCUCACCCCGUGCAAAACUUGUUAGCUGCUGGACAUGAUUCUGGGAUGAUUGUUUUCAAACUUGAACGUGAAAGGCCGGCAUUUGGCUCCCAUCUGGAUACUCUGUUCUAUGUGAAAGAUCGAUAUCUCCGUAUUCAUGAAUAUAGCACCCGCCGAGACUUGCCAAUGCUAUCAUUACGUCGCCCCACCGGCCACGCGCAGAAUGGAGUAUGCGCUGGACCUCGAUCUUUGGAGUAUAAUACAAUGAACCCAUCCGAACACAACGUAAUACUUUUCUCUCAACAGGAUGGUGGGUCUUUCGAGUUGCUUGUUUUCCCUGGUGAUGUAAUUGCCUCAAAUCAACAGGGCGAAAGUUCAGACCUCAAGCGGGGAUUGGCUUUAUCUGCUGUCUUCCUCUCUCGAAAUCGUUUUGCGGUCCUAGACAAAAAUCGCCAGGUACUGUUAAUUAGCCCGUCUCCUUCCUUUGACCAAAUCUGUCAUAGAUAAUCAUCAAGGAUCUCAACAAUGAGAAAAGAAAAAGUGUCCCUCCCCCUAAUCCCAGCACUGAUUGCAUGUUCUUUGCUGGAACAUCAGGCCGCCUUCUUUUGCGUACAGAUGACAGAGUCAUGCUCUUUGAGCCUCAAUCGAGAAGGGUUCUUGCUGAAUUGCAAGUUGCACGAAUCAAGUACGUAAUAUGGAAUCAAGACUGUAGCAGGGUUGCACUUCUGAGCAAACACGGUGCGUUGUCUUUAGUCUCACAUAGUCUAAUGAUCUUAAAUCAAGGUAUAACUAUUGCCUCUCGAGAUCUCGAGCAGCUGUGUAGUGUGACUGAAACUGUUCGCGUUAAAGGUGGAGGUUGGGACGAUCGUAUUUUUCUCUAUACCACCUUAAACCAUGUGAAGUAUUGUCUGACCAAUGGGGAUACGGGUAUUAUUCGCACUCUUGAUGUCCCAGUAUACAUAACCAGAGCAAAUCAGAAACAGCUCUACUGUCUUGAUCGCGAGUUGAAGCAUUGCAUUCUUUCUGUUGAUAAUACAGAGGCCGUAUUUAAGCUAGCCCUGGAGGAUAAAAACUAUCUGGAGGUUAUGAACAUGAUCAAGCACUCAAAGCUGUGCGGCAAAGCAAUAAUUGUUUACUUACAAGAGAAAGGAUAUCCUGAAGUGGCCUUGCACUUUGUUGAUGACCUACAAACUCGAUUCAAAUUAGCACUUGCUUGUGGAAAUAUUGAAGUGGCCAUGAACACUGCCUACGAAAUUGGUGAUGAUGAAUGUUGGCACAGGCUUGGUAUGGAGGCACUUCGACAAGGCAAUCACCAGGUGGUUGAAAUGUCAUAUCAACGUACGAAGAAUUUCGAGCGGCUUUCUUUUCUCUAUCUAUUGACUGGGAAUAUCGAGAAACUUCGUAAGAUGUUGAAGAUUGCAGAGAUGCGUAGGGAUAUUAUGGGGCGCUUUCACAACUCAUUAUUUCUUGGUGAUGCCACUGAACGCACUCGAGUUCUAGAAGAGGCCGGUCAGUCUCCUCUUGCUUAUGUGACAGCAGUCUCGCAUGGGAUGCUGGAGGAAGCAGGGCGAAUCAAAGAGCUGCUGCAAAGUGCGGGCCGCCCCAUCCCAAUUGUAUUGCACAAUUCACAGCUCAUGCAACCUCCGACUCCAAUCUUACGAUCUGAUAAUUGGCCUCUACUCGCGAUACCAAAGAGCACUUUUCGGAACUCAUAUGAGGACCAAAGCGAACACGGUGACACCGUCGAUCACACCAGUUCCCCGGGAUGGGAUGCCGACCUUGAUCUAGACGAACACGACGUCAAAGUUGAUGAAGUGGAGGCGGAAUCCGACGAGGUAGGGGGAUGGGGCGAGGAUCUAGACAUCGAUGAUGCGGCCAACGAGGAUGCCGAUUAUGCAAGCUCGAAUCUCAAGGCUGAUGAGGCAGUAUCUCGCACAUAUAUAGUCCCGGUUGCUGGAAUUUGUCCCGAAAACCGUUGGUGCAAGAACUCUGCACAUGCUGCUGAUCAUGCUGCGGCUGGGUCUUUUGGAUCAUCAAUGAAUUAUCUCAAUCGCCAAAUAUCAAUCGUCAAUUUUAGUCCUAUGCGGGGACGUUUUUUGGUCUUACACGCUGCCUCUAAAUCCUCGGUACCUGGCUUGCCCCUUUCCUCAUCAUAUGAGAUUGCAAUGCUGCGUGAUGGCAACGUGGCUAAUGGUAGCUGCUUCCCUAGAAUAGCAAAUUCAAUGCCCCAACUUAUCGAUGCUCUUAGGAAUUCUUACCGGCUGUUCCAGAAAGGCAAUUUUCAAGCUUCCCGGGAAAGAUUUCAUCACAUAUUGCGGUGUAUCCCUCUGAUAAUAGCAGAAAGCCGAUCACAUGCCAAUGAGGUUGGUUUCUCCUCUAUCCUAUUUUCCUUUCCACUCGUGUGCCUUGUUAUCUAAAAUUGGGGGCUUAGGUGAGAGAGCUGAUGGACAUAACCCGCGAAUAUGUCACUGCAAUCCGUCUAAAACAUGCAAAUGCGAUCGAAAAAGGUGUCCGUCAAAUGGAAUUAUCCGCCUAUUUCACGCACUGCAAUCUACAGCCGGCUCAUCUUGCUCUUGCUCUUAAUUUGGCCAUGACGCAAGCAUACAAAGGAGGGAACUUUAUCACGGCAGCUUCAUUUGCGCGUCGCCUGCUAGAUUUACCAGACUCUUCGGCGCAGGGAAAGUCAGAAUUACACAACAAAGCGCAAACCGUCCUUCAGAAGAGCGAGCAAAAGGCACGAAAUGAGUUCAAACUAAAUUAUGAUGAACGAAAUCCUUUUGAGAUCAAUUGUAAAAGCCUUGACCCUAUUUAUCGAGGAAGUCAGCUUGAACGAUGCUCAUUUUGUAAAUCUGCUUACACAAACAGCAUGAAAGGCCAUAUUUGCAGUACAUGCAAUAUCGCCUUGAUUGGCAUUGAGACCCUUGGGCUUGUAACUCAGACACAAGUGAAAGGACACUAUAAUUAAGCAAAAUCCGAAGAAAAAAUAGCCGGUGCCCAUGACCAAACCAUUGCGGUAACUCGAAGGCCCAAGUGUAGUACUUAUUACUGCGUUCUCACAACACCGUUGCAGAACUGCACCUUAGGCAAUUAGACAGCACUGCACCGGAGGUAUCCUCCCUACUUCUUAAUACUAGCCUGAGUAUACAAAUACCCGCAUGUACGGGGGCGGAUGAUGAUAUAAGUUGACUCGGAGUGCUUUUUCAAAGUUCAAGUUUACACCACUUUUUCGAUUUUAGAGGUCGAAUAAGCCCAUAGGACAAUCAACCUCUAAUCAAAAAAGUGGUGUAAAAAAGACACAUCAACAAAAUUAUGACGUCACCGAUAUAUCCCGCCCCGACCUUACAAAAUGUAGAUUUUAGAAUUUUAAAAUUAUAUUUAUGA